AUGGAGGCCGAUCUAUAUGACGAGUUUGGUAAUUACAUCGGUCCAGAGCUGGACUCUGACGACGAUGAAGAUGAUCUGGAUGCAGAGGACAGGGACAUUGACGAGAGAGAUGAAGAUGAAGACGACGAGCCUGCGGAUGAGGAUGAGAAUGUACCCGGCAUGGAGGUGGUCCUGCACGAGGACAAGAAGUACUAUCCCACAGCAGAGGAGGUUUAUGGACCAGAAGUGGAAACUAUUGUCCAGGAAGAAGACACGCAACCUCUCACAGAACCCAUCAUUAAGCCUGUAAAGCACAAGCAGUUCACCCUGAUGGAGCAGGAGUUACCUGCCACUGUUUAUGACAUGGAGUUUCUUGCAGAUCUGAUGGAUGGCACCGAGCUGAUCCGUAAUGUCACCCUCUGUGGUCACCUCCACCAUGGCAAGACUUGUUUCGUUGACUGUCUGAUUGAGCAAACCCACCCUGAAAUCAGAAAGAGGGAUGAUGUUGAUCUCCGGUACACAGACAUCCUUUUCACAGAGCAGGAGAGAGGGGUAGGCAUCAAAAGCACUCCAGUCACCAUGGUCCUGCCUGACUCCAGAGGGAAAUCAUACCUUUUCAACAUCAUGGAUACACCAGGCCAUGUAAACUUCUCUGAUGAGGUCACAUCCAGCAUGAGGAUCUCGGAUGGAGUCGUCCUCUUCAUCGAUGCAGCAGAAGGAGUGAUGCUGAACACAGAGCGUCUGAUUAAACACGCGGUCCAGGAGCGCAUGGCCAUCACCAUCUGCAUCAACAAGGUGGACCGACUCAUCGUUGAGCUAAAGCUGCCGCCCACAGAUGCUUAUUAUAAACUUCGACACAUUGUGGAUGAGGUCAACGGUUUGCUCAGCACAUACUCCACAGAUGAGAACUUGGUGGUGUCUCCUCUCCUCGGGAAUGUGUGCUUCGCCAGCUCUCAAUACCACAUCUGUUUCACCCUGGGUUCCUUUGCCAAGAUCUACUCAGACACCUACGGUGAUAUAAACUAUAAUGAGUUUGCAAAGCGGCUCUGGGGAGACAUCUAUUUCAACCCCAAAACUCGUAAGUUCACAAAGAAAGCUCCUACUAGUAACUCCCAGCGCAGCUUUGUUGAGUUUAUCCUGGAGCCUCUUUACAAGAUUCUCUCACAGGUGGUUGGGGAUGUGGACACAACCCUGCCUCGAGUUUUGGAUGAGCUCGGUAUCCAUCUCACUAAAGAGGAGCUGAAGCUGAACAUUAGACCGCUGCUUCGGCUCGUCUGUAACCGCUUCUUCGGAGAGUUCACUGGUUUUGUGGACAUGUGCGUGCAACACAUCCCUUCACCACAAGAGGGUGCUAAAAUAAAGAUAGAGCACACAUACACUGGAGGCCUUGACUCAGACUUAGGAGAGGCCAUGGCAGAAUGCGAUCCAGAUGGUCCUUUGAUGUGCCACACCACUAAGAUGUACAGCACAGAGGAUGGGGUCCAGUUCCACGCGUUCGGCAGGGUUCUGAGCGGCACCAUUCAGGCAGGUCAGCCAGUAAAAGUGCUGGGAGAGAACUACACGCUGGACGACGAGGAAGAUUCUCAGAUCUGCACCGUGGGUCGUCUUUGGAUUUCUGUCGCCAGAUACCAAAUCGAAGUGAAUCGAGUUCCUGCAGGAAACUGGGUUCUGAUUGAGGGCUGUGACCAGCCCAUCGUGAAGACGGCCACCAUCACAGAGCCGCGAGGCAACGAGGAGGCUCAGAUUUUUAGGCCACUGAAGUUCAACACGGCCUCUGUUAUCAAGAUCGCUGUGGAGCCCGUCAACCCGUCUGAGCUGCCGAAAAUGUUGGACGGCCUGAGAAAGGUUAACAAGAGCUACCCAUCUCUAACCACAAAGGUGGAGGAGUCGGGAGAACAUGUCAUCUUAGGGACGGGAGAGCUUUACCUGGAUUGUGUCAUGCACGAUUUGAGGAAGAUGUACUCAGAGAUUGACAUUAAAGUCGCUGACCCUGUGGUCACUUUCUGUGAAACAGUUGUUGAGACGUCGUCUCUUAAGUGCUUUGCUGAGACCCCAAACAAAAAGAAUAAGAUCACCAUGAUCGCCGAACCUCUGGAGAAGGGGCUCGCCGAGGACAUUGAGAAUGAAGUGGUGCAGAUCACGUGGAACAGGAAGAAGCUGGGAGAGUUUUUCCAGACAAAGUAUGACUGGGAUCUGCUGGCUGCCAGGUCCAUCUGGGCCUUUGGACCGGACACAACAGGACCCAAUAUUCUUGUGGAUGACACCCUUCCUUCAGAGGUGGACAAAGCAUUGCUUGGUUCAGUCAAAGACAGCAUCGUUCAAGGCUUCCAGUGGGGCACCAGGGAGGGUCCUCUUUGUGAUGAACCUAUUAGAAAUGUCAAGUUUAAGAUCCUGGAUGCCGUCAUCGCUCAGGAGCCUCUCCACAGAGGAGGAGGUCAGGUUAUCCCCACAGCCAGGAGAGUGGUGUACUCUGCCUUUCUCAUGGCCACUCCAAGGUUAAUGGAGCCAUAUUACUUUGUAGAGGUGCAGGCUCCAGCUGAUUGUGUGUCUGCCGUCUACACAGUGCUGGCUAGAAGGAGGGGCCAUGUUACCCAGGAUGCACCCAUCCCCGGCUCUCCUCUCUACACCAUCAAGGCUUUUAUCCCAGCCAUAGACUCCUUUGGCUUCGAGACCGACCUUCGCACCCAUACGCAGGGUCAGGCCUUCGCUCUCUCUGUCUUCCACCACUGGCAGAUUGUUCCCGGUGACCCUCUGGACAAGAGCAUCGUGAUCCGGCCCCUAGAACCUCAGCCCGCACCUCACCUGGCCCGAGAGUUCAUGAUCAAGACCAGAAGACGCAAGGGCCUGAGCGAAGAUGUGAGCAUCAGCAAGUUCUUCGACGAUCCUAUGUUGUUGGAGCUGGCAAAACAGGACGUGGUGCUUAAUUAUCCUAUGUGAGAAGGUUGCCACAGCUGCAGAUGUUUUUAACUGCAAAUAACUGUGGGGAUGAUGGUAACAAAAUGAUCCAAACUUUUUUUUUAUAUAUGUUUGCGCUCAUUUCCUGUUGGGUUUUUAUUUUUCAUGUACAAAAUUAUGUUUUAUAGCUCUCAUCUUUGGGGGGGUUAAAUAAAC